AUGGACGACCAAACUGCUGCUGGCUCUGCCGACCGUGACCGCACGCAGAACGAAGCCUGCACCGCAUGCCGAGCGGUCAAGCGACGAUGCAUGAACGAGGGCAAGGGCUCUGUGUGCACGCGCUGCCAGAAAAUGGGCCUCAGCUGCGAGUAUCACCAGCUGAAGAGGGGCAGGAAGCCCGGCACGCAGGUCGGGUCAAAGAAACGACACGCUGCAUCUGCCGACACGGGCGACCUCGAUAGCCAAGAAUCGGCGCAACCCUUCGCCUCGACCUCUUCUCAGCCGGCCGAUAGUCCAGCAUCAGGCAGCGAGCGGAGGGAUUGGCUUGCGGACCUGCUCACACAACAGGCGAACGGAAACGGCGCCGCACAGUCAGCGCAUCCGCAAAGCUUCGCCACUGGCAUGACAGCAGCAGCAGGAUCGUCGUCGGCUCAGUCGCCAGCUCAGGCCGUGCCGGCGAUCGGAGGCUUCUCCCUCGAGAAACUCUACGAGGAAAGGCAAAACGUGGCGGGCGACAGGAACGAUCCGCGGCAGCAAUCGCUUGCCGACGCUUUCGCGCCGCGGUCUGCGCGACGGAGACCGCAGCAGCCGGAGCCCGUCUUCGAGGACGCUGUCAAAGCGGGCAUCGUGCCGGAGGAGCAAGUACCCGGACUCUUCAGCUUCUACUUCAUGCACCUCAACCCAAUGACCUCUCUGCUUGAUCCCGAACUUCAUACGGCUGCCUUCUGCCGGGCGCGAUCCGCCAUCCUCUUCACGGCAAUCCUCACCGUCUCGGCCAAAGUCUGCCUGCCCGUCCUGCUCGGCCCUGCGCUCAAGCACGCAAAGGUUCUCCUCGGCCAAGCUUUCGAGGCCGGAACGAACAACCUCGAGCUCGUCCAGGCGCUCGCAACUCUCGUCUUCUGGCAAGACCCGACCGACGACAGCGGCGCGCGCAAGCUCGCCUACGCCGUCCGCUGCGCUUUCGAGCUCGGAAUCCACAAGCGAGGUCCGCGACCUUUGCCCCAGGGCGAGUUGGAGCGACGCCACUUCCUCAAUCCGGAACGAACCUGGAUCUACCUCACCAUCGCCGACCACCGCUUCUCGACGCAGCGCGGUCUUCCAAAGAUGAUCUCGAAUGACUUUCGCGGCGACGCAGUACCUUGGCUACUCGAACACGACUCGGCGCACUUUUGCCCGCAUGAGGUCGGCCUCGCACCCCUCCUCGAACUCGGUCGACUGCUCGACAUCUUUGCCGUCCUCAUCUCGCCUGAAGACGGGUCGCCGUCUGUCGAGCUCAUGCGCAGUCUCGAGCGGAAUGUCGAAGCUUGGCGCGGCAAGUGGUGUCUGGAACACACCUCUCCCGCAACUCUGCCCUUACAGCCCUCUCAAAAAUCCCUCGUUCGCUUCUACGCCCAAGUCCUCCACUUCCAAAUCCUCGAAGUCAACCUCUACCUCGCGAUCAAGCAGUCUGGCUCGACAGACCCGAUCGCUUUCGACCCUCGGCUCACUCCGCCGCUCGUCUUUGCCGGCUGUGUCACGUCAGCGAUCAAGGUUCUGGACAUCAUGGAGCGCGAGCUGCGGUACAUGGUGUACAGCUUCGAUUCCAUGUGGGUCGGCGCCGCAAGCUCCGCCAUCUGGCUCACGCAGAACCUGUCGGGCAUGGAGCCGCAUCAGCGUCGAGCGGCGAUUGCCUCCAUCAACCGCCUCCAGGCCGCCUGUUCCGACUUGUCUACCAACCAGGAGAGCAUGUCCGCGUACACGUCUCGCCUCCUUCAGCACUUGCUGUCGAAGGUUCGACCGGAUGCGACGGCAGGACCGACGCAAGGCAGCAGCGAGACUGGUCAGGCAGCAAAUCCUCAGCCUGCGACGAUGCCGCCGCCGCCUUUCGUGACCGCGAGCUUGAACGCCGCGACCUGGAGUACCGAGCCGAACUCCUUUGGCAGCGGUCAUUCAGCAUCGCAUGGCGUUGGCGUCUUUACAACGGGCGGCAUCGGCAACAGCAGCGGAUUAGCGACGAGAUCCGCCUCUCCGCAGGCCUGGCUCGGCCUGCCUGCUGCACCGCAAGAGACGGGCGACGGACAGCAGGUCGAUCCCUCGCUCGACAUCUUCGGCGCCAACUUCCUCACGACGAUGAUGCCGCCGAGUCAGAACUGGGAUGCGCCGUUUCCUGCGGACGACGGCGUCCUCUGGGAAUCGCUCUUUCCGCUCUACCAUGGCGAUCCGUAG